AAAACAUGUUCCGUUCCUUCAUUCGCGAUUCAUAAUCUUCGCCAUUGUCUUGUCUGUACAGUCUCUUGGAUCAUAUUUUCUGAAUAAAUCAGAACUAUUUGAUCGAACAACACAUAUAACGACAAUACUCAACAUCUCCUAAAAUUAAGAAAUUUCCUACCUUUGCUCAUUCGUACUCAAAUAACUUAGUAAAUUACACACAUGAAUCCAUUUGAUCCCACUUAUAAAAUCAAACAAAACAAUACACAAUUACCCAAUACUCCACUAUUCAAUAUUCUAGUUAGUUCUAGCAUGAAUUACUAACUUCUCUGAAAUUCGCCACUUCUAUUAAUUUAAUUACACAUUCAUACAUACAGAAAAUGCAACUCCACACAUUACUAUGUUUAUGUUUCCUUAGUUUUUUCUUGACCCCUUUAUUCCAGUCUCAACCACACCAUUUCAAACCCUCCCAAAACACUCCACACAAUGAACACAUAGAAGUAACAUACCCACCACCUUCACACCAACCAACACCUUCAUGCACCCACCAAAUCCUCCACCACACCUUCACAAACACUAUCGACACCUCCCCUUAUUCAACUCCAUACUACCCUCCCUUAAACUGUCCUCCACCGUGGUCACGCGUUACCCUUCACCUCAAAGCCAAAUCCAAAUGCCAACAAUACGACCGCAUCGCCGCCGUCUGGCUCGGCGGCGUCGAGAUUCUCCGAACAAGCACACCUCGGCCUUCUAAUUCCAAAGUCUUCUGGAAUGUUCGUAAAGAUAUUACUAAAUACACCUCCCUUCUUACUAAAUCAUACCUCGACCUAACCAUGAUGAUGGAAAAUAGUGUUGACACUGAACUCACCGGCCUAUACCACGUUACCGUUACUUUUUUAUUUUACAAUCAAAACGCCAUUAGGGUUCCGUUUAGUCCAAAUUCACUUUCAAUUUCUUCAAAUUCAAAUUCAAAAUCGAGUUCAAGGUUUCUGAUGAAUGAAUUAGAGGUACCGUAUUUUAGGGGUUUGAAUGAAUCAUCACCGGCGGAUUUGAUAAUUCCGAUAAUUGACGAUGGAGAACGAGGGUUUUGGUUUAGAAUUGAGGAAGAAAACGAUUUGAAGAAACGAAGAAUUCGAAUUCCGAGGAAUUCUUACAAAGCGGUUCUUGAAUUAUGCGUUUCUUUUCACGGAAACGAUGAGUUUUGGUAUUCGAAUCCGCCGAAUUCGUAUAUAAAAACGAAUGAUUUAGCUACGGGGAGAGGGAACGGUGCUUUUAGAGAAGUUUAUGUGACAAUCGACGGUGAAGUUGUUGGAUCGGAGAUUCCGUUUCCGGUUGUUUUCACCGGCGGAAUUAACCCUCUAUUUUGGGAGCCUAUUGUAGCAAUUGGUGCUUUUAACCUACCUUCAUACGACUUCGAAUUAACGCCGUUUUUGGGUAAGGUUCUUGAUGGGAAAGAACAUGUUUUUGGAAUUGGUGUGAUUAAAGGAAUAUCAUUUUGGCUUGUGAAUGCAAAUUUGCACCUUUGGUUGGAUCACGAAUCUUCGGUUGUUCAUGCGAGUCGAGUUGUUCGUCAUAGUCCGAAAACAAAUGUUGAUUGGACAGAGGGUUUUGCAGGACUUGAUGGUGAGUUUCAGGUGGAAGCAGAGAAGAACACAAUGGUUGAAGGUUGGGUUUUAUCAAGUUCCGGCAACGUCAGCACCGUUAUAACGAAAGCAUUCAGUUUUAGGAACUUUAUAAAGUUUCAUAACAAUGGAACUUACAAGAUGGUUAAACAGAGAUUCAAAGGAAAGAAGAAGGUUAGGGUGACUGAUAAUAGGGGUGAAAUGGUUUCUAAGUUAAAGGUUAAGAGAAUGUACCCUUUAAGAGUUAUUACUUUGAUAGAGCCAUUUGGUUUAAAUGAUAGAUACAAGCUUUUUACUAAUUUUUCUCAUGCUUUCAAGGAGAAGUAUGAAGGUAGUUGUUUAAUAAAUUCAAUUAGUAAUGUUCAGGAAUCAAAGGGAUGGAUUGAUGUCAUGGGUCAUUCUGUUCUAUCAGGUCAUGCAAGUACUAAGCAAAAUUAUAGUUAUGCUGAUAAGUUUAGUUGCUAUAAUAGGAAUGUUCUAGCUAAUAAUGGCAGGAUUGUUAUUGACAAUUCUACUUUUGUGUGUGAAAAUGCCUUGUAGUUUCUUUUGCAAAGUGUACCUAUUUGUGUAAGUUUCCUGUAUAGUUUUUUUGUGUAGUACAUUCUCAAUGUGUAUGUAUCUAUUAUUUA